AUGGCAGAUGAGUUUGUUGUUUUGACUCCCCAAACAAGACUGCAACCGAUAAUAUUCACUGACCACAGCCCCAGUAAACAUUCCUCGGUUUUUAUUCACUUCCUAGCAUUAGAGAAGGUUUCAAAGCCAGGGGUGCAUUUAAUUUGCCCGGAUUGGUUAGAGUCUGAUAUGGAUAGACUACAUUUUGAUGGUAGUGGACUGAUGAAAAGGAAGAUUGGCACUUCGACUAAACUACUGAAUGUUUACAGUGGGAAUGCACAAAUUUUUGAAGGACUAUGUGACGAAAUUGCGAUUCUGCCUAAAUUAUCAAGGACAGAAAUAAGGCAUAUGCCAUUGCAUUACAAAAGAAUAAUUCGAAUGGAAUAUCAAAAUUGA